GACACACAACAACAUCAUUGUUAUCAUCAUAAUCAUCUCUUUCAAUGACGAAAAGAGAUGAAAUAAAACUUCUUGGAACUGCUGCAAGUCCAUAUGUGAACCGGGUUCAAUUCGUCCUCAAACUCAAGUCCAUCGAGUACGAGUUCAUCGAGGAAAAUCUUGCUUGUAAAAGUGAGCUUUUGUUGACGUCGAACCCGGUUUAUAAGAAGAUUCCGGUCCUUUUUCAUGCAAACAAACCACCCAUUUCCGAGUCUCUUGUAAUAAUCGAGUACCUUGAUGAAUUCCGACCCGAUGUGCACCGUAUCCUCCCUUCGGCCCCCAUAGAUCGUGCUGACAAUCGGUUCUGGGCCAAUUAUAUUGAUAACAAGUAUUUUCCGUUAUAUGAAGACUUGAGGCAAACACCAGGAAAAGAGGGUAAAGAAGCAGUAAAGAAACAAAUACUGGAAGGUUCAGUGUUGUUGGAGGAAGCAUUUGAGAAAUUUAGCAAUGGGAAGGCUUAUUUUGGCGGAGAUGAUAUAGGAUAUUUGGAUGUUGUUCUUGGAUGUUUUUUAGGUUGGGUACAAUUUGGUAACAAACAUAAUGAGUUUAAUGCAUUUGAUGAAGUCAAAACCCCGAAACUUGCAAAGUGGGCAGAUCGUAUGCUAUCACAUGAAUCCCUUCAGGGUAUAAUUCCAGGGAAUGAAACCCUUAUGAACUUCUAUAUGAUGCUUCAAAUCCAUAAACCACCUAGAGCGGCUUGAAAUUGACUUUUAUGUUUUUUAUUUGUUGUUUGUAACUGUUGUUUAAUGUCAUCAUAUUUCAAUUUGGUUUGAUGUAUGUUAUAUGUAUCUUGUUUUAUUGUAAGUAAAGAUCACAAUCGUGCUCUUACACUAUUUUAUUAUAAUAUCAGUGAUUAAAUUUUAGGGUUAAA